AUGGCUAAUUUACCUAGCUCUCGAGUCACCGAAUCAGCGGCAUUCUCCCACGUAGGUGUAGACUACUUUGGACCGCUCUUUAUUAAAGAACGUAAAUUCAGAAACAGAACAAAAAUUAAAGUCUAUGGAUGCGUCUUUGUUUGCAUGGCUACUAAAGCUGUACAUUUAGAAAUUGCUAGCGAUUUAACAACAGAAGGUUUUCUCGGGGCAUUUGGUCGAUUCAUUGGUCGACGAGGAGUUCCAACUCACGUCUAUUCGGACAAUAGUACUAAUUUUGUAGGCGCAAAUAAUCAAUUGAGAGAAUUGUAUAUGUUAUUUAAUUCAAAAUCCCAUCAAAAUUCCGUUAACGAAUAUGCUAUACGCAAAAACAUUAUCUGGACGUUCAAUCCUCCACUAUCUCCUCAUUUUGGUGCCAUUUGGGAAGCAGCUGUAAAAUCUUUCAAACACCACUUUAAACGAGUGGUAAAAGACCAACUUCUUACUUUCGAAGAAUUGAAUUCUCUAACUAUUCAAAUAGAAUCUAUACUAAAUUCUCGUCCUCUCUGUUCUCUAUCUAGUGAUCCUAAUGAUCCUAUUGCCUUGACGCCUGCUCAUAUUUUAAUAGGACGUCCUCUCACAAUGCUGCCUGAAAAUGAUUUUUCUGAUGUUCCAGAUAAUAGACUCAAUGUUUGGCAAUUCAUUAUCAAGGCUAGACAAGACUUUUGGAGACGUUGGUAUUUGGAAUACCUCCAUGAACUUCAAAUUCGGCAAAAAUGGCAUUCCUCUCAAGGAGAAAUUUCAAUCAAUCAAAUCGUCUUAUUGAUGGACAAAAACCAACCAUGUAUGCGGUGGCAGCUGGGAGUGGUGGUCGACAUUCAUCCAGGAGAUGAUGAUGUGACAAGAGUAGCUUCAAUCCGAACGGCUCAAGGGAUAUACAAACGAAAUAUCACUCUAUUAUGUCCUUUACCAAUCAAUUCUUGA